AUGGCUCACGUUUUGCACACCGAAGGAAGCAAGCGUGUUUUGAAUGACUGCGAGCAAGUUGGUCGUUGGCGCCAAUUCAUUCACGCACAAUAUUUAAAUUGCUACACAUACGACCUGUACGAAGCGUACCGAGAUCACGUGCGCACCAUUGAAUUGUUUGUCUAUCUGGACGGACCAAUGAAUCAGACCGCCUGUCUGGAUUGUUUCAGUUCGGAAAUAAAAUCCCAGUUAAGUGGGGCCGUGGUGGUGGUACACAACGCAGACACCUAUCCGGACGUCAAUCAGGAGGGUAUCAAUAUCCAACCGGGUAGUUUGACAGAGAUCAAAGUCAAAACAAUCAAACAUACGCAAAAGACACCUCCGUAUGGACGAUGCUCACCGGACACGCCUAUGACUAUUCAGUUGUACGGAUCCGAGUCGUACGCCUACUCGGAACACGCUUGCCGAAUGAGCACGAUCCAAAUAGGAGCUUCAGAUAAUGUGUGUAACCAUGAGUUGAAUUUACGUGGUAUGGAAAAAUUAAAAAUUGAAUAA